CAUUAGCUCUAUAACAGAGCAACAGCAAACAAGCUCAAACAAAUUGAUGUAUUUGAAUUCGUUCAUAACAGUGAUUGCAAGCUAAGAUCUUUUUCUAGUUAGUGUAACUAGAUGCAUUUUUUAUUAGGAUGGAAGUGAUAUUGUUCGAGAAUUUCGGCGCGGCUCAUGCUGAUAGCGUUCGCCGUUUUCUACCAUCAUCAGCAAAGGUUCUUCGAACGGAAUGUCUUGAAGAUGCCACUCAGCCAACGAUAGUCGAGUUUCUGAUAGGAUUGGCAAGAAACCAUAACCUGCUUCCGUCUUGGCAGACCACUCUCUUAUCUCAUCAGGAAUUCUUUGAGAGUUUGAAAGUUGUCUGCGCCCGUUUAAAUCAGGAGGAACAUGGAAAUUUUUCGGUUUCGACGUCGGAUGUUAUUUCCGCUCAGGUCAACUACUUUCUCGGCGAAGAUAAUCCAAAGACCAUAGGUUACAAAGCUUUCUUAAAGGAGUGCAAUGUUAUAGAUCAGUUCGGCCUACUUCGUUUGCUAGAGAAAAAUCGAACCGUUGUGGACGCAAGCCUCAAUAUGUCGUUUAUCAUCGAGGGUACUCUACGCACCGACUGGCACAAGUCCGUCGUCAACUUCCUUGCUAAAAACAAAAUACUGAAACAAUUGCAGGUCGAACUUCCCGUCGAUGGCGACUGUAGCGAAAUUUUGGAAAAUCAGAUUUUCUUCGAAAACGUCGAUAUCCUUACACCCAAGGACGUUCCAGUACAAAAGCACUCGCAAUCCUUAUCGUACGCGCUAGCUAUCCUUAAAUCAUUUUUAAACCUUCUAGUCAACAGUCGCGAUGAGGUGUCUAUAUCUUGCGCUCUUGCCUGUCCUCUAGUCAAUCUUGGACACACCGCAUUUACUAUAAUAAAACGGUCUUCUUCUGAAGUAAAGUCGCCUAUUUACCAGUUUGUGCAAUCCUAUGUUAUGAAGAAGCGGUUAGGUGGGCGUGGUUAUGCCCCGGUAGUUGAUUGUCCUGUCAAGGCCUACUUGAAGGAAAUGACCGAAUUCAUUGAUAUUAUGGACAGGCUGCAGACCUUUAUUGAAGAAUACCCAGCUGCUGUAGCUCUAAAUAAAAUCGUCAACUGUGUACUUACGCGCCUUUCCAAAUCUAUUCAGCAGAAAGCUUUCAAAAGUUCGAUGGUAGACAAAGCUAGAGAAAUCGUGCACGUACUGAUUGAGCGUGUCAACAAAUGUGAUCAAACUGAUUUGAACGUUGCUCCGGGCAUUGUUGGCCGAGAGGCAAUCCAAAUGGUGCGAACGUUAGCUGACCAGUUGUCAGGCCUUGGGUAUUACCAGAAAGCUGCUAAAGUCCUUUGUAGUCCGUUUUCUGCAGCCACUCCAAGCAAAACGCCGGUAGGUUCGCAGACCCUAUUCAGGCUGUUCAAGUCGCCGGAGGAAGUCAAGGAGGACGGACUUGUGUCACUAGCCAAACGAGCACCUCUACCUGUAGUACGACCAAAUCCGGUCAUGUCGUUUAGUGUUCGCUACGAACCGGAACCGAUGAAACGAUUCACCGAUGACCUCGAUGCCGUCACAGACACUUCAAAUCAAGCUGAAUCUGGGGCUGGGUCAAUGGAGCCAUGUAAUUUCAUUACUAGGACUGUGGCCAAAACGGAAUAUUUGACCAUUCGCAAAGCAAACAUUUCGACACCUGUCCUUAAGCGAUCUGUGAAACGAAAAGAGGUCACAGCGAGUGCGGGACUCAAAAAGAAACUGAAAUUGGUUUCGGCUAACGAUCCGGAAAAUCAGCUCCUAAAAGUAAAUCCUGAAAAAAGACCGAAAAAAGCUUCUAAAACCAAACAAUCCAAGAACGCUGUGCCUCCCAAUCAGCGUACACUAAAUGCGUUUUUUGUUAAACUUUAACCAGCAAUUCCAGGGACGUCCUUUGUGAGCAGAGGUUUAACUGUCAUUGGCGAUCAAGUCUAAGUUGUGAUUUAUGGAAAUGUAACAGUCGUGCUCCGCAUCCCAGCGUUUGGUCAUCCGAUGGAACUACCUACAUAAGCAAUACUGGCCAGUGGCCACGCUUGCUGGGGGCUCAUCGUUUGACAAGUAAAUAAAUAAAUGGAAAUAUAAGCAAACAAAUCAGUUUGUAUGAUGUAUAAUUUUAGGUAGCUUGCGGAAAUCACAUAUCGCACAAAGACUUUCCGUGCAGUAGAGACCUGAGUUAAUUAUU